UUUUAGGUUUGAGGGACGAAGAACUGAAAAAGAAAUUAUUAAUGGAAGACGGAAUGAAUCUUGAAGAGGUGGAAAAAAGGGUUGUGAGAAGUGAGUUGGCCAAUUUGAGAGCAAAAUAUUUAGGAGAUGACGGUUCAAGAGUGUUUUCAAUCCAACACAGGCUAGGUGUGAGAAAUAAUGAGUACGGAGAGAGUAGCGGUUACAGGCAAGGGAGAACAUUUGUUCGUUUCAGUAGUAAUAAUCGUAGAAGUAGUCGUGACCGAAGUGGUGGUAGGAUGCAAAGAACAGACAAUACAUAUAGUCGUGAUAGAUACAAUAAUAAUGGCCGCGAUAGGUAUAACAACGGAUACAACAAUAGACGUCCAGACAUGCGUCCAGACCACUCACAAUUGACUUGCAACUACUGUAAACGGUUGGGACAUAUCAAGCGAAACUGCAGGUUAUUAAAAGGAUCACAGGGGUCACAGGGAUCACAAGCGAUAAAUUUGGUUGAAGAGGAGAAUUUAGACAAAGUAGAUGGUACCUAUGAUUUUAAACGAUUAAAAAUUGAUUCAAAGGACUCAGAUAGCGAUGAAGAAAUCUAUCCCUGUAUGAUGAUAGGUACUAUAAAUCAUAUUAACGAACCUUGCUUAGUAAACGCUUUGAUAGGUAACCAUAGACUGCAGAUGGAGAUUGAUUGCGGUGCAGCAGUCUCCGUUAUGAGUGGCUGUACUUAUUCCACAACAUUUUCUCACUUAAAAGUUUUGCCUUGUAAAAGUAAACUAGUAGUGGUCAACGGAGAAGCUUUGGAUAUUUUGGGUAAAAUUUUCGUAAAUGUUUGGUUGAAUAACAAGGAACAACAAGUGUCAUUCAUCAUUUUGAACAGUAAGCACAAUUUCACUCCAUUAGUUAGACGUAAUUGGUUGGACAUUUUUUAUACUGGAUGGAGGCAGGUAUUUUCAAAACCAUUGUUGGUAAAUAACAUCGACGGAGCAGCCGGUACCACCAGAUAUGAUCCAGGUAGCAUUAAAGUAAUGUUUCCAAAUGUUUUUAAGAAAGACUUAAGUCAACCAAUUAUAGGGCACGAAGCAAACCUCACUUUAAAAAAAGAGGCACCAAUUUUUCGUAAGGCAUACGACGUACCGUACAGGCUUAGGGAUAAGGUGUUGAAACAUAUGGAGCAUUUGGAAGAACAGCGAAUCAUAACACCAAUCGACGUUAGUGAAUGGGCUUCCCCAGUGGUGAUCGUACUUAAGAAGGACGGAGACAUACGCAUGACACACGAUGAAUGCUCAUCGGAACCAGAUCAGGAUAACGAAGAAACGCGAGGGAAGCACUAUGAUCCGAGUGGCCCUUCCGAGUAGUAAGCGGCCCAGAGAGGUUUCAAGUUCGGAUGAUGAGGAGUUUCUGGAUUUUCCCAAUGAGCCGAAGCCAAUUUUCCCGGAGAUUGGAAACCCUGAACCCGAAGCAGUUAGACGGAG